AUGGACGUGGACGUGGACGUGGACGUGGACGUGGACGUGGACGUGGACAUGGACGUGGACGUGGACGUGGACGUGGACGUGGACGUGGACAUGGACGUGGACGUGGACGUGGACGUGGACGUGGACGUGGACGUGGACGUGGACAUGGACGUGGACGUGGACGUGGACAUGGACGUGGACGUGGACAUGGACGUGGACGUGGACAUGGACGUGGACGUGGACGUGGACGUGGACGUGGACGUGACAUGGACGUGGACGUGGACGUGGACGUGGACAUGGACGUGGACGUGGACGUGGACAUGGACGUGGACGUACGUGACAUGGACGUGGACGUGGACGUGGACGUGGACGUGGACGUGGACGUGGACGUGGACGUGGACGUGGACGUGGACGUGGACGUGGACGUGGACAUGGACGUGGACGUGGACGUGGACGUGGACAUGGACGUGGACGUGGACGUGGACGUGGACGUGGACAUGGACGUGGACGUGGACGUGGACGUGGACGUGGACGUGGACGUGGACGUGGACGUGGACGUGGACGUGGACGUGUGGACGUGGACGUGGACGUGGACGUGGACGUGGACGUGACGUGGACGUGGACGUGGACGUGGACGUGGACGUGGACGUGGACGUGGACGUGGACGUGGACGUGGACGUGGACGUGGACGUGGACGUGGACGUGGACGUGGACGUGGACGUGGACGUGGACGUGGACGUGGACGUGGACGUGGACGUGGACGUGGACGUGGACGUGGACGUGGACAUGGACGUGGACGUGGACGUGGACAUGGACGUGGACGUGGACGUGGACGUGGACGUGGACGUGGACGUGGACGUGGACGUGGACGUGGACGUGGACGUGGACGUGGACGUGGACGUGGACGUGGACGUGGACGUGGACGUGGACGUGGACAUGGACGUGGACGUGGACGUGGACGUGGACGUGGACGUGGACGUGGACAUGGACGUGGACGGACGUGGACAUGGACGUGGACGUGGACGUGGACGUGGACGUGGACAUGGACGUGGACGUGGACGUGGACAUGGACGUGGACGUGGACGUGGACGUGGACGUGGACGUGGACGUGGACGUGGACAUGGACGUGGACGUGGACGUGGACGUGGACGUGGACGUGGACGUGGACGUGGACGUGGACGUGGACGUGACAUGGACGUGGACGUGGACGUGGACGUGGACGUGGACGUGGCGUGGACGAUGACAUGGACGUGGACGUGGACAUGGACGUGGACGUGGACGUGGACAUGGACAUGGACGUGGACGUUGGACGUGGACGUGGACUGGACGUGGACGUGGACGUGGACGUGGACGUGGACGUGGACGUGGACGUGGACGUGGACAUGGACGUGGACGUGGACGUGGACAUGGACGUGGACGUGGACGUGGACAUGGACGUGGACGUGGACGUGGACGUGGACGUGGACGUGGACGUGGACGUGGACAUGGACGUGGACGUGGACGUGGACAUGGACUGGACGUGGACGUGGACGUGGACGUGGACGUGAUGGACGUGGACGUGGACGUGGACGUGGACGUGGACGUGGACGUGGACGUGGACGUGGACGUGGACGUGGACGUGGACGUGGACGUGGACGUGGACGUGGACGUGGACGUGGACGUGGACGUGGACGUGGACGUGGACGUGGACGUGGACGUGGACAUGGACGUGGACGUGGACGUGGACGUGGACGUGGACGUGGACGUGGACGUGGACGUGACGUGGACGUGGACGUGGACAUGGACGUGGACGUGGACGUGGACGUGGACGUGGACGUGGAUGGACGUGGACGUGGACGUGGACGUGGACGUGGACGUGGACGUGGACGUGGACAUGGACGUGGACGUGGACAUGGACGUGGACGUGGACGUGGACGUGGACUGGACGUGGACGUGGACGUGGACGUGGACAUGGACGUGGACGUGGACGUGGACGUGGACGUGGACGUGGACGUGGACGUGGACAUGGACGUGGACGUGGACAUGGACGUGGACAUGGACGUGGACGUGGACGUGGACAUGGACGUGGACGUGGACGUGGACAUGGACGUGGACUACGUGGACGUGGACGUGGACGUGGACGUGGACGUGGACGUGGACGUGGACGUGGACGUGCGUGGACGUGGACACGUGGACGUGGACGUGGACGUGGACGUGGACGUGGACGUGGACGUGGACGUGGACGUGGACGUGGACGUGGACGUGGACGUGGACGUGGACGUGGACGUGGACGUGGACAUGGACGUGGACGUGGACAUGGACGUGGACGUGGACAUGGACGUGGACGUGGACGUGGACGUGGACGUGGACGUGGAUGGACGUGGACGUGGACGUGGACGUGGACGUGGACGUGGACGUGGACGUGGACCGGACGUGGACGUGGACGUGGACGUGGACGUGGACGUGGACGUGGACGUGGACGUGGACGUGGACGUGACGUGGACGUGGACGUGGACGUGGACGUGGACGUGGACGUGGACAUGGACGUGGACGUGGACGUGGACGUGGACGUGGACGUGGAUGGACGUGGACGUCGUCGUCGUCGUGGACGUGGACGUGGACGUGGACGUGGAUGACGUGGACGUGGACGUGGACGUGGACGUGGACGUGGACGUGGACGUGGACGUGGACGUGGACGUGGACGUGGACAUGGACGUGGACGUGGACAUGGACGUGGACGUGGACGUGGACGUGGACGUGGACGUGGACGUGGACAUGGACGUGGACGUGGACAUGGACGUGGACGUGGACGUGGACGUGGACGUGGACGUGGACGUGGACGUGGACGUGGACAUGGACGUGGACGUGGACAUGGACGUGGACGUGGACGUGGACGUGGACGUGGACAUGGACGUGGACAUGGACGUGGACGUGGACGUGGACAUGGACGUGGACGUGGACGUGGACGUGGACGUGGACGUGGACAUGGACGUGGACGUGGACGUGGACAUGGACGUGGACGUGGACGUGGACGUGGACGUGGACGUGGACGUGGACGUGGACGUGGACGUGGACGUGGACGUGGACGUGGACGUGGACGUGGACGUGGACGUGGACGUGGACGUGGACGUGGACGUGACGUGGACGUGGACGUGGACGUGGACGUGGACGUGGACGUGGACGUGGACGUGGACAUGGACGUGGACGUGGACGUGGACGUGGACGUGGACGUGGACGUGGACGUGGACGUGGACGUGGACGUGGACGUGGACGUGGACAUGGACGUGGACGUGGACGUGGACGUGGACGUGGACGUGA